AUGCAGAAAACUUCAAGAAAGCCGCUCCCAUCUGGGAGGGACUUCCAUCAAAAAUGUCAUACGUCAAACAUACCACAACCCAUAAAACCGAGACCUCAUUCCAGCCAAAGUAGGAAAUGUGAUACAUGCAGUAGUGAAGUUGAAAAAAACCGACAAAAAUGUAAACCUCGAGAACCAGUGGCUAAAACAAAGAAAAAUAAUUAUAAAAUUGUUUGUGAUCCUGAAGAAUUUGUCUCAGAUAAACCUAGUGCAGAAUGUUUCAUUGAUAAGAAUUAUAUAAACAAUCCUAUCAUUCUAGAAACUAGGCUAAAGAAAUGUGCUCCUAUUAAAGAAUUAGACUUUGAUGUGCCAAAGGAUGAAAAGUGCAAAUCGGUCCACUAUGAGUCCAUGGACUGGCGCGAUUACCACCAGCUAUCAGUUAUUCACAAAUUCAUGGAUGACUUAGAAGCUGAUUUCCCCUCACUGUGCACUACUGGGGUCAUUGGCACGUCAAUUGAAGGUCGAGCGCUAAAGAUCCUAAAGAUUUCUAACAGCAACGCAAACAACUCUGCGGUAUGGGUGGAUGCGGGCAUACAUGCACGAGAAUGGAUAGCACCAGCCGUCAACACGUACCUUGCAAACCAUAUCAGCAGGAAUUUUGACACACUUCCUGAAUGCAUCAGAAAUAAAGACUGGUACUUCCUACCAGUGGUCAAUCCAGAUGGGUACCACUACUCGCACACCACUGACCGCAUGUGGCGCAAGAAUCGUGCAUGGCACGGCGGUCAAUGUGUGGGUGUGGACCUUAAUAGAAACUUCAGCAUUGGCUGGGGAACCCGUGGAUCAUCUGAUAAACCCACGAGUGCAUUCUACAGAGGUCCUGAACCGUUCUCUGAACCAGAAUCAUCAGCUAUAAGGGAUUUAUUCAUGAACUCGGGAAUAAAUUUCGAAGUAUACAUAACACUCCAUAGUUAUGGACAAAUCAUAAUAUUUCCGUACGCAUGCAGUAAGGAUCUGGCUCCAGAUUAUGUACGUCUUCUUCAGGGAGCUACUGCUAUGUCAAAGGCCAUUUAUGACACUAAUGGUAAUACAUACAAAGUGGGCAUUUCAAGAGAUGUGAUGUACGGGGCAGGCGGUACUAGCAAUGAUUUUGCACACGGAGCAGCCGGUAUACCUUACUGCUACCUCAUUGAACUUAGAAGCAAGAAACACAAAUUCAAACUACCAAAGGAACAAAUACAAGAUACGGGAAACGAAAUAUACAACUGUGUUCAAGCACUUAUGGAAUUUGUUGAUUCCUACUCAUUCAAGAAUCACAAAGAAGAAAAGUCAUUAAUAGACAGUGAAAGUUUAGUCAAGCACAGCUUCUCCGAUAUUUACCCUAGCAAUUCUCACGAAAUAAAACGUGAAUCUUAUGAUAGAAGAACAUAUUCAUUUGCGCAGGAAAGUAAUUCUUUCGUGCAAAGUGACAAUUCUUUUAUAAGAUGGCCUAAUGUAUCCCCGAUCAAGGAUAAUCCUCUCAGAUUGAAUGAUGAUUUUACAAAAGUCGACGAUGAUAACCUAGACAAAGAUCUAAUAAAUGAAAACGAGGUUACAACACAAACAAUUGUAUUGAAAGACGAAAAUGAUUCCUUUGAAGACCUAAGACUAAUAGGGUUUUCAAUCGACACCAGUGAUUCAUUUUUGCGGUUGAAUAAUUCAUUCAUUCGAAAAGGUGAUGAUUUUUGUGACACACACGAUGUUUAUCUACACAACACAGAUUCAUACAAGCAACUACAAAAUACUGAGUCGUGUGGCCAGAAACAUGACAAUCUUUUAGAAAAUACGGACUCUAACUCCUAUGAGGACGAUAUUUUCUUGAAGGGAUCUACUGAUGACUUCGACGUUGAUUAUUUUUUCUUGGCAGACAGUCCAACACCUCCUACGAUCAAUAUAUGGAAAGAGGAACAUAAUACAAUGGACAUUCUGAUCGAUGGCCCUCGGGCUGCCCAAGUGGCUGGAAUACUCCAUGAAAGGGACAUAUCAUAUUCAAUAGCCAUACCAGAUGUGGCAGCCCUGCUUGAAAGGGAACAGGGCAAUGCAUUGACGAAGAAGGUCUUCAAGAAGUCUUGUGCUGUCCAUCACAAUAUGGAUUGGCAGAACUACCACCAAUUGGAAACCAUUUAUGCCUUUAUGGACAACUUGGCUGAUGAAUAUCCGUACUUGUGUGAAGUUAGUGUUAUCGGGAAGUCUUACGAAGGAAGGGAUAUUAAAAUGCUGAAAAUAUCAAAUGGUAACGAGAAGAAUGCAGGGGUUUGGCUGGACGGUGCGAUACAUCCUCGGGAGUGGAUCAGCCCAGCAGUAGUCACGUACAUAGCUGAUAGAAUCGUCAGAACAUUCGAUGAGCAACCAGAGAGCGUCACCAAUAAGGACUGGUACAUACUUCCAGUGAUGAACCCAGAUGGCUAUGUUUACACUCACACCCAUGAUAGAAUGUGGCGGAAGAAUCGAGCGCGAUACGGAGAAUGCGUGGGCGUCGAUCUAAACAGAAACUUCAGCUACGGUUUUGGUGAGAAAGGAGAAGAAGGAUCUUCAGAUGACCCUGGUAACGUGUUUUAUAGAGGACCAAAAGCCUUCUCCGAGCCUGAGACUGCUGCCGUUAAGCGUCAGAUACUAGAAGCUAACACGACGUUCAAGGUCUUCAUAUCAUUCCAUAGUUACGGAGAAGUCAUCAUAUUCCCAUGGGGCUACACAAGUGAACCUUGUCCUGACUACGUCGACCUGCUCGAAGGAGGCACCGCCAUGGCAAAAGCCAUCUUUAACAAAAGCGGUCGCACAUACAAAGUUGGAAGCACAAAAGACCUUAUGUACUAUGCAGCAGGGACGAGUGUCGAUUGGAGCUACGCUGUCGCCAAUAUCCCUUACUCUUACAUGGUGGAACUCAGAGGAAAGACACACAAAUUCUUGUUACCUAAAGAAGAAAUAAUUUCUACUGCCACAGAAAUAUUUAAUGGUAUUGAAAGACUUAUGGAGUUUGUGGACAAAAGAUGUACAGGAACACAGUCAAAAAUAGAAAAUUAA